AUGUCGCACGCGGAGAGGCUUGAGGGCAGCAGCGAGGCGGACCGGAACAGCAGCAUGAUGGCUUGUGUGUAUUGUGAGUCGGUGCUGAAGCUGUUUGUCUUGGUCUUGGUACAGCAACAGAAGAACCUGGAGGGCUAUGUGGGCUUCGCCAAUCUGCCCAACCAAGUGUACCGGAAGUCGGUGAAGAGAGGCUUUGAGUUCACACUCAUGGUUGUGGGAGAAUCCGGCUUGGGGAAAUCAACGCUGAUCAACUCCCUUUUUCUGACAGACCUGUACUCGCCCGAGUACCCUGGCCCCUCCCACAGAAUCAAGAAGACUGUCAAGGUGGAGCAGUCCAAGGUCCUGGUGAAGGAGGGCGGGGUCCAGCUGCUGCUCACCAUCGUGGACACCCCCGGCUUCGGGGACGCCGUGGACAACAGUGACUGCUGGCAGCCGGUCAUCGACCACAUUGACAACAAGUUUGAGGACUACCUGAACUCCGAGUCGCGGGUGAACAGACGCCUGAUGCCCGACAACAGAGUGCACUGCUGUCUCUACUUCAUCGCCCCCUCCGGACACGGGCUGAAGCCCCUGGACAUCGAGUUCAUGAAGCGGUUACACGAGAAAGUCAACAUCAUCCCCCUCAUCGCCAAGGCCGACACCAUGACGCCCGAGGAGGGCCAGCAGUUCAAGAAGCAGAUCAUGCGGGAGAUCCAGGAGCACAAAAUCAGGAUCUACGAGUUCCCCGAGACGGACGACGAGGAGGAGAUCAAGCUGGUGAAGAAGAUCAAGGAGCGCCUGCCCCUGGCGGUGGUCGGCAGCAACACGAUAAUCGAGGUCAACGGGAAGCGUGUGCGGGGACGGCAGUACCCCUGGGGCGUGGCCGAAGUGGAGAACGGGGAGCACUGUGACUUCACCAUCCUCCGGAACAUGCUCAUCAGAACCCACAUGCAGGACCUGAAGGACGUGACCAACAACGUCCACUACGAGAACUACCGCAGCCGCAAGCUGGCGGCCGUCACCUACAACGGCGUGGACAACAACAGGAACAAGGGCCAGCUCACCAAAAACCAGACGGAUGACGGCAUGAGUCCUCUGGCCCAGAUGGAGGAGGAGAGGAGGGAGCACGUCUCCAAGAUGAAGAAGAUGGAGAUGGAAAUGGAACAGGUGUUCGAGAUGAAGGUCAAGGAGAAGAUCCAGAAGCUCAAAGACUCCGAGGCUGAGCUCCAGCGGCGCCACGAGCAGAUGAAGAGGAACCUGGAGGCGCAGCACAGGGAGCUGGAGGAGAAGAGGCGCCAGCACGAGGACGAGAAGGCCCAGUGGGAGGCCCAGCAGAGGCAGCUGGAGCAGCAGAAGCUGGAGGCCUCCAGGACCUUGGAGAAGAACAAAAAGAAGAAGAUAUUUUAAUUCCCGGCGGGACGGCCUCCCGGGUUCCAUCGCCCUGUCCCGGGGCCGGUCCACGUCCCGCCCCACGACCCCAGCGUCUGACCUGCAGCAGCACGCCACGGAGCGACGAGCCAAAGACGGCGGGCUGGGGGCGGAGCCCAGACCUGCAGACCUCAAAGCCACCCUGCUCCCCUCCUCUCCCUUCAGGAUCCAAAGAAACUCUUCACCAGAUAUUCAGAGACUGCUGCGAGAGAGUUGUACAAUCGUUCUACCGCCUCGGUUCAUUAGAGCUGUGUCGUCUGUUUGUUAAAUGCCAAAUGUCAAAAGACAAAGAGAAAGUUAUAUUUCUUUCUUCACUUUAUAGCCCACCGGUGACCGCAGUGGACUUCCUACCCUCAGGCAUUGUUUUUUAAUGUUUUUUUACCUUUUUACCUUUGACUCAGUUACAUCGCUAUCCUUCUUGCCCAGCCAAGAUAUUAUUCUCUUCCUUGACUUCCAUUUAAAUUAUAUAACCUUGGACAUCGGUGUUUAACUCCAGGUCCUCUGAUGUCUUCAUACUUCUGUGCAAUCCUUUUUUCUUUCUUUAUAUACUGUAGCUCUCCAAAUGUUAACCCCCUGCUCCGUUUCACAAUACCCAUCACUGUCCUUCCUUUAUCUCCUGAUGUGCUGAGUGUAAAUAAAGAAAAGGGUCAGAAGCGAGAA